UUCCAGUUCUUGAGCUUCUCUCGACCAGUCGGUCUUCAGUUACUAAGCAGCGCCAACAUCAAUCAGAACAGCAGCACUCUCGACCUCACGUCUCCGUCCAAUAACAGCAUCGGAGCUGUUUGGUACUCAAUCCCCCAGCGCGUGGCACAGGGCUUUGUGAUGGACUUUCGCUUUCUUCUCCACAGUUUCUCUUCCGUCUGUAACUCGUGGAACUACGGAACAAACAGCAACGAGUACUGCACGUUGAGGCGAGGCGAGGGCUUCGCUUUCAUGCUGGUUGGAGGGGGCGAUGGCAUGCCUGCGUAUGGCGAUGGAGGAGCUCAGCUGGGGUAUGGAGGUCUCCGCAAGUCAUUGGCGAUCGAGUUCGACGUGACCGUCAACCCCCAGCUGGGAGACGCUGGACAAAAUCACAUCUCGAUUCACAGCCGAGGAAGCGAGCCCAACUCAGCAGCUCACACUUUCUCCAUCGCACAGACUCCGCAGCUCCCGAUCCUCUUCGAUGGCAACGAGCAUCACGUGAGGAUACGGUACGAUCACUCCAUACCAAGCUCUUACCUCAAGGACCCAUGCUUCAAGGUGUCGCAGUACGGAGCACGCUUCCUCUCCUCUAGUCCUCGACGAGACUUGGGGUCGCUGACAGUGUGGAUCGACGAUUUUGACCGGCCGGUCCUUGUGACUGCGCUGAACCUCAUGUCCUUCCUUGCGUACCCUCCUCAAGGCACAGCUUGGGUUGGCUUCACGGCGUCCACCGGAUCAGAGUUCAUGGUUGCCAGCAUCAGAGAAUGGAACCUGCAGGUCGGGGCUUGCAUGGACGACUGCAAUGACAACGGAUUCUGUCUCGAUGGCUUCUGCAUAUGCGACGAGGGUUUUCGCGGUUCGUCUUGCAGAGAUGUGAACGUAUGA